AUGGCCAACCGAAACGCCCGACCCGAUGACGAAUUGACCAACGCGGAAACCGCGUCCCAGUUUUCGGAAGACUUUGAAGACGAUGAUGAAGAUCUUAUUCCAGUUAUCUACUACGGAUAUAAUCUACAAUAUGCUAGCCGGAGACGAGCACCUAUGCAAUAUAUGAAUAUAAACAAUUCAGCAUAUGUAAACCGACCAGUUCAUCUCACAUUAGUAGGUAACAACAAUAAUAGGAACGGUGGAGUUGAACGUCAUCCAGCUGGUCGCCAAAAUAAUGUAAGAGCCCACAAUUUCGAAUUUCAAGCCUUCGGUGAAAGAAGUAAUGACUCAGAGGAAAUAGAAGACGAACUAGAAAAUCUUGAAAUUCAAGAAAGGCAGCGUGUAAACCAAAUUCUUCAACGUCAAGGCAACUUGAAUGAACAACGGCUACAACCAAAUGUAGUAGAACGUGCUUGGAACGGCCAAUUCUUGAAUCAUCGUCAGAACGGCUUUCAACAACAAAAUCACAGGAACAAUAUCGAUCGGAAUGGCAAUGAUAUCGACCACAUAGAAAAUCAAAGAAGAGCUGUGGAAGCAGUUGAAAUAGCUAUUAUUCGAAUGAGACAACAAAACCAACAAAGAGUCGAUCAACAGUUUCAACAAAGACAGGUGGAACAAAACCGUGAGCAGGUACAGCAAAGGCGUCGACAAGGACGACGAAUUCAACCGCUUCAAAUUCUGCCAGAACCGAUGCAAUUUCCCGCCGAAACUCAACCACCUCUUCAACAAAUUCUCCUUCCGGGUCAACGGCCGGACCUAGUUCAGCCAAAUAUUAUACCGGUUCAUCUUCAACGAGUACCGUACUUCCAUCAAAAUCCUCAACACCUUCAAAACUUGUAUCCUAAUCUACAUAACCCACAAAACCAGCAACCUGCUCGACAGGAUCAACAAAUUCAGCAGAACAAUCUAAGGCAAGGGCAGAAUCCACAAAUGCAAGGGCCGAAUCCUCAAAGGCCAGGUCAAAAUCAUCAAAGACAAGGACAGAAUCCUCAAGGCAUGGCUAGGAAUUUUCCAGCACGAAAUCAGCCAGAACCCCGGCUUCAAGAAAACAGAAAUCAACCAGGAUUCCAACGUCAUAAUCAAAAUCUAGGUCAACAUCAACGUCAAGCUCAACAACAUCGUCAAGCACAGCCUCAACGACAAGCUCAACCUCAACGACAAGCUCAACGUCAAGGUCCACAACCACGUCAAGCCCAACAACAAGCUGGUCAAAUGCGACAGAAUUGGCAGGCGAACAACCAGCAUCGACAACCAGGGCCAGAUUUCCUUCAGCAGAUGCUUUAUCAGCCUUUUGGAGCUCACGGUAACCUUGGUUAUUUGCAUGAGAUGGGGCCUCCAUUGAAUUUGGCUGGACCAUUCGCAUAA